CCGAGCAGAGCGGCUAGCUGAAGCCGACGCGUCCUAUUGGUCACUUCCGUCAAUGUAAACAUGUAGUCGGUUUCCUCCAGUCUAUGGUUGAACCGCACUGCCGCUGAGCCUCGUUUCCCAAAUGGUCAACAGUACGCAUAAUGACGGAUGUGUCGCUGAAAAUGACAGUUUCAGAACCGGGGGGGUGUGUGAAUGUAGCGUUAGCUCGAUAACUAGCUAGUUAGCUAACCAUUGUGUGUGUGUGUAUGGGCUGGUCCAAUGCUAAUUAGCCUAGCUAGUUAGCUCCCAGGUGGCAGCCAUGAAGGGCUAAACUGAGGGAGGAUGGCAAGUAAUGUACUCUAACGAGGACACAGCAAGAAGAGGAGACACGACAAUGUAUAACUCUGGUGGUGCCUCGUCCCCGGGGGUCGACCGGGACAGCAAACGGAAGAGGAAGAUUGCAGACAUCACACAUGCCCUCAGUGUGAGGCCAGUGGAUGUGGCCGCUCUGAGGAGGAUGGCUAUCAGUGAAGGAGGUCUGCUGACCGAUGAGAUACGCUGUCAAGUGUGGCCUUGGCUCCUAAACGUCCCUCCUCACGUGUUGGAGCAAGAGCCAGAAACUGUAGAGCGGGAGAAUAACAAGGACUACAACCAGGUGCUACUGGAUGUCCAGCGCUCGCUGCGGAGGUUCCCACCUGGUAUGCCAGAUGAGCAGAGGGAGGGUCUCCAGGAAGAACUAAUUGACAUCAUCCUCCUAGUUCUGAAACGCAAUUCCCAGCUGCACUACUACCAAGGAUACCAUGACAUUGUUGUCACCUUCUUAUUGGUCCUGGGAGAGCGCCUCGCUACUGCUCUUGUGGAAAAGCUCUCCACGCACCACCUCAGGGACUUCAUGGAUCCUACCAUGGACAACACGAAACACAUUCUUAACUAUUUGAUGCCCAUCAUUGAGAGGGUCAACCCUGAAGUGCAUGACUUCAUGCAACAGGCUGAGGUGGGGACAGUCUUCGCUCUCAGUUGGCUGAUCACCUGGUUUGGUCACGUCCUGUCAGACUUCCGCCAUGUUGUCCGGUUGUAUGACUUCUUCCUGGCCUGCCAUCCGUUGAUGCCCAUCUACUUUGCUGCUGUGAUUGUGCUGUACAGAGAAGAGGAAGUGUUGGAGUGUGAAUGUGAUAUGGCGAUGGUUCAUCACCUGCUGUCUCAGAUUCCCCAGGAUCUGCCAUAUGAGACCCUCAUCAGCCGAGCCGGAGACCUCUUUGUCCAGUUCCCUCCCUCUGAACUGGCCCGAGAGGUGGCCUCACAUGACAGCAUGGCAGCCUCUACCUUUAAGGACUUUGACCUUGCGUCCACUCAACAGCGACCAGACUCAGUUCUCCGUCGUCGACGCAGACAGAAACAGGCUGCACUGGAGAGGUCGGCAGCGAGCGCAGUAGCGGCGGUGGCCCAGCCUUCGGUGGCGCGGCGGUUUGUUCGACUAGCCGUCAUGGGUCUCACGGUGGCUUUAGGCGCGGCUGCUCUCGCUGUGGUCAACACUGCCCUGGAGUGGGCCCCCAAACUGGACUUGUUUCCUUGAACUGCUCCUCUUUUACUCCCACUCGCUCCAGCAGAUCUGCCCUUGACUGCUGAUGGGUCUGUUUCCAAGAACCCUUUAAUUCAUGAAACCACAGACUAUGCAGUCUAACACUGUCAGGAGUGCACUCUCUAUACUGAACCAGUUAACACUCCUCUUUUCGACUUCUAGGAUGUGUCCUAACGUCCUAUAUAUGGCAAGCUAAGGCUCCAGUUGAAGGUCUUUCUCCUGAAGAGCAGGCACCAGUAAAACAGCGACAACUACUGGUGUUCUGAAAUGAGGCCCCCAUCCUGCUAUAAUGAAGAGACUGUUUUUAUAAGAACUAUAACUGAUGGUUCGUUAUUUAUUUAUAUUUGGUAUUAGGAUGAUCUGAUAUUGAGUUAUGCUCACAGAGAUCUAUGCUGAAAGCUUGGUAGACUCAUUACACUUGAAACUGCUGCCAAUGAAGAGAGCUUGAGUGAAUGUAUGAGUGUGCGUAUGCGUUUGUGUGGUCGCAUCCCAUUUGUUAUCUAUUUGAUACCUGGACUAAGACCAAAUAGAGGAUUGUUAGAAUCUAUUGUAUUAUUUACUGUUAAUUAAUUUAUAGGUAUGUAAGCAGAUGUAAAGAGAGAUGGUCAUGACACACAGGCCCCUUGUUAAGGUAACCAAUAUUAUUAUGUUUUAGAUCCUUUUGUUCAUUUUAAUGUCUUCAAAAAGUCUUUUUAGUCAAGAACGUAUCUUAAAACAUUUCAACAGUUGUUAUCCUUGACUACACAUUUCUGUUCUGGCUCAUGGUCUGGGUCAGCUGAACAUAUCACAUUAGUGAUGUUACCCAGUAGAUUAGUUGUGGCCUGCUUGAUGGGUACUUUUGUAUCUCAAAACGUCUGAGGAUUCGGCACAAGAUUGGAGUUCAGCUUUUACAGUUCAGGACGUAAAAAUAAAUAUCUAUUUAUCUAUCUCUCUCAACCAUAUUGAACUACUUGUCCUUGAGCUUUCCUAUUAUUUAGGCACUUAAAUGUUCGGUUUCACAACCUUAAAAGUGUGUCUGUGUUUCAUGGCCUCUAAUAUAUAGGGUAUGCUUUGUGCGUCGCUUUUUUCUGGAGUAGACGAUUCAAUCUCUCCUUUUUAUAGUUUAAUAACACACUCACUCACUCAAUCUGGGUAACAGAAAAUAUCAGAGCUGAGAUAAACGGUGAUUCAAAUGAAGUAGAUACUCUGUAGUCUGUGGACUGGCACAUUCACACUGACUGCAUUAGUUUUGUAAAAUCACUUUAAGAUUAGUUUGAUAGGUGCUUCUCUCACUCCUCCUCUAAGGGUGUUCCUGUCAGCACCCAUGCCUUCAUAUUAAUGCCAUCCAAGGUUUUUGUUUCAAACGCAAAUAUAGCUUUAACACAUAACGUACACAACCAAGUUGGAUUGCUUUGAGUGUAUCAUUUGCAUUUCAGAGGCAGUCCAACUCAUUCCAAUGUUCCAGUCAUUUUAAUUCAGUCACAUAUUUAGGGUCACGGGGGAUUACUUAAGUUAAACGUGGUGUGGCACUUAACUGUAUAGCCGAGCGUCAUCAGAUAAUACAUAGCAAAUAGUUUGUCAGAGCACAGGUUGUCUGUAAUAUUUAUGAUGUAUUUAGCUUAACAGAAAAUAUUCAGAAUUAUUGACUUAGUUCUAGGGCACAGAAACCAGUCAACUAAGAAACUUCUCCCUUUUCAGUUGAAGGGAAUGAAGUGACAUGAAGAGAGAAGUUGUUUAUGCUGCAUUAAGAACUGAAUGCUUUGGCAUCCCCAUUCCUGUAUGAUGGUUGAUUGGUGUAUUGCCUUUGUAGUGAACCACUGUUUCAGUUGUUAGGGGAUCUACGAACUGAUCAAAAAGAAGGUGACCUGGAACAUGUCCAGUGUGGUUGUAUUGUAACACACAAUGUGUCCGCACUCAGUGGUUUUCAUUUACUAUCAUUGCACUAAAAAUGAUUUAUUUGCCUUUUAUGUUUAUUUUGUUAUAAGAAAACUGUCAUACUAAUGUAAAGCUGUACAAGAGAACGCUAAUAAACUAGAGUGGAAAAAUG